AUGGACGUGGACGUGGACGUGGACGUGGACGUGGACGUGGACGUGGACGUGGACGUGGACGUGGACGUGGACGUGGACGUGGACGUGGACGUGGACGUGGACGUGGACGUGGACGUGGACGUGGACGUGGACGUGGACGUGGACGUGGACGUGGACGUGGACGUGGACGUGGACGUGGACGUGGACGUGGACGUGGACGUGGACGUGGACGUGGACGUGGACGUGGACGUGGACGUGGACGUGGACGUGGACGUGGACGUGGACGUGGACGUGGACGUGGACGUGGACGUGGACGUGGACGUGGACGUGGACGUGGACGUGGACGUGGACGUGGACGUGGACGUGGACGUGGACGUGGACGUGGACGUGGACGUGGACGUGGACGUGGACGUGGACGUGGACGUGGACGUGGACGUGGACGUGGACGUGGACGUGGACGUGGACGUGGACGUGGACGUGGACGUGGACGUGGAGGACGUGGACGUGGACGUGGACGUGGACGUGGACGUGGACGUGGACGUGGACGUGGACGUGGACGUGGACGUGGACGUGGACGUGGACGUGGACGUGGACGUGGACGUGGACGUGGACGUGGACGUGGACGUGGACGUGGACGUGGACGUGGACGUGGACGUGGACGUGGACGUGGACGUGGACGUGGACGUGGACGUGGACGUGGACGUGGACGUGGACGUGGACGUGGACGUGGACGUGGACGUGGACGUGGACGUGGACGUGGACGUGGACGUGGACGUGGACGUGGACGUGGACGUGGACGUGGACGUGGACGUGGACGUGGACGUGGACGUGGACGUGGACGUGGACGUGGACGUGGACGUGGACGUGGACGUGGACGUGGACGUGGACGUGGACGUGGACGUGGACGUGGACGUGGACGUGGACGUGGACGUGGACGUGGACGUGGACGUGGACGUGGACGUGGACGUGGACGUGGACGUGGACGUGGACGUGGACGUGGACGUGGACGUGGACGUGGACGUGGACGUGGACGUGGACGUGGACGUGGACGUGGACGUGGACGUGGACGUGGACGUGGACGUGGACGUGGACGUGGACGUGGACGUGGACGUGGACGUGGACGUGGACGUGGACGUGGACGUGGACGUGGACGUGGACGUGGACGUGGACGUGGACGUGGACGUGGACGUGGACGUGGACGUGGACGUGGACGUGGACGUGGACGUGGACGUGGACGUGGACGUGGACGUGGACGUGGACGUGGACGUGGACGUGGACGUGGACGUGGACGUGGACGUGGACGUGGACGUGGACGUGGACGUGGACGUGGACGUGGACGUGGACGUGGACGUGGACGUGGACGUGGACGUGGACGUGGACGUGGACGUGGACGUGGACGUGGACGUGGACGUGGACGUGGACGUGGACGUGGACGUGGACGUGGACGUGGACGUGGACGUGGACGUGGACGUGGACGUGGACGUGGACGUGGACGUGGACGUGGACGUGGACGUGGACGUGGACGUGGACGUGGACGUGGACGUGGACGUGGACGUGGACGUGGACGUGGACGUGGACGUGGACGUGGACGUGGACGUGGACGUGGACGUGGACGUGGACGUGGACGUGGACGUGGACGUGGACGUGGAACUGGACGUGGACGUGGACGUGGACGUGGACAUGGACGUGGACGUGGACGUGGACGUGGACGUGGACGUGGACGUGGACGUGGACGUGGACGUGGACGUGGACGUGGACGUGGACGUGGACGUGGACGUGGACGUGGACGUGGACGUGGACGUGGACGUGGACGUGGACGUGGACGUGGACGUGGACGUGGACGUGGACGUGGACGUGGACGUGGACGUGGACGUGGACGUGGACGUGGACGUGGACGUGGACGUGGACGUGGACGUGGACGUGGACGUGGACGUGGACGUGGACGUGGACGUGGACGUGGACGUGGACGUGGAGGACGUGGACGUGGACGUGGACGUGGACGUGGACGUGGACGUGGACGUGGACGUGGACGUGGACGUGGACGUGGACGUGGACAUGGACGUGGACGUGGACGUGGACGUGGACAUGGACGUGGACGUGGACGUGGACGUGGACGUGGACGUGGACGUGGACGUGGACGUGGACGUGGACGUGGACGUGGACGUGGACGUGGACGUGGACGUGGACGUGGACGUGGACGUGGACGUGGACGUGGACGUGGACGUGGACGUGGACGUGGAGGACGUGGACGUGGACGUGGACGUGGACGUGGACGUGGACGUGGACGUGGACGUGGACGUGGACGACGUGGACGUGGACGUGGACGUGGACGUGGACGUGGACGUGGACGUGGACGUGGACGUGGACGUGGACGUGGACGUGGACGUGGACGUGGACGUGGACGUGGACGUGGACGUGGACGUGGACGUGGACAUGGACGUGGACGUGGACGUGGACGUGGACGUGGACGUGGACGUGGACGUGACGUGGACAUGGACGUGGACGUGGACGUGGACAUGGACGUGGACGUGGACGUGGACGUGGACAUGGACGUGGACGUGGACGUGGACGUGGACGUGGACGUGGACGUGGACGUGGACGUGGACGUGGACGUGGACGUGGACGUGGACGUGGACGUGGACGUGGACGUGGACGUGGACAUGGACGUGGACGUGGACGUGGACAUGGACGUGGACGUGGACGUGGACGUGGACGUGGACGUGGACGUGGACGUGGACGUGGACGUGGACGUGGACGUGGACGUGGACGUGGACGUGGACGUGGACGUGGACGUGGACGUGGACGUGGACGUGGACGUGGACGUGGACGUGGACGUGGACGUGGACGUGGACGUGGACGUGGACGUGGACGUGGACGUGGACGUGGACGUGGACGUGGACGUGGACGUGGACGUGGACGUGGACAUGGACGUGGACGUGGACGUGGACGUGGACGUGGACGUGGACGUGGACGUGGACGUGGACGUGGACGUGGACGUGGACGUGGACGUGGACGUGGACGUGGACGUGGACGUGGACGUGGACGUGGACGUGGACGUGGACGUGGACGUGGACGUGGACGUGGACGUGGACGUGGACGUGGACGUGGACGUGGACGUGGACGUGGACGUGGACGUGGACGUGGACGUGGACGUGGACGUGGACGUGGACGUGGACGUGGACGUGGACGUGGACGUGGACGUGGACGUGGACAUGGACGUGGACGUGGACGUGGACGUGGACGUGGACGUGGACGUGGACGUGGACGUGGACGUGGACGUGGACGUGGACGUGGACGUGGACGUGGACGUGGACGUGGACGUGGACAUGGACGUGGACGUGGACGUGGACGUGGACGUGGACGUGGACGUGGACGUGGACGUGGACGUGGACGUGGACGUGGACGUGGACGUGGACGUGGACGUGGACGUGGACGUGGACGUGGACGUGGACGUGGACGUGGACGUGGACGUGGACGUGGACGUGGACGUGGACGUGGACGUGGACGUGGACGUGGACGUGGACGUGGACGUGGACGUGGACGUGGACGUGGACGUGGACGUGGACGUGGACGUGGACGUGGACGUGGACGUGGACGUGGACGUGGACGUGGACGUGGACGUGGACGUGGACGUGGACGUGGACGUGGACGUGGACGUGGACGUGGACGUGGACGUGGACGUGGACGUGGACGUGGACGUGGACGUGGACGUGGACGUGGACGUGGACGUGGACGUGGACGUGGACGUGGACGUGGACGUGGACGUGGACGUGGACGUGGACGUGGACGUGGACGUGGACGUGGACGUGGACGUGGACGUGGACGUGGACGUGGACAUGGACGUGGACGUGGACGUGGACGUGGACGUGGACGUGGACGUGGACGUGGACGUGGACGUGGACGUGGACGUGGACGUGGACAUGGACGUGGACGUGGACGUGGACGUGGACGUGGACGUGGACGUGGACGUGGACGUGGACGUGGACGUGGACGUGGACGUGGACGUGGACGUGGACGUGGACGUGGACGUGGACGUGGACGUGGACGUGGACGUGGACGUGGACGUGGACGUGGACGUGGACGUGGACGUGGACGUGGACGUGGACGUGGACGUGGACGUGGACGUGGACGUGGACGUGGACGUGGACGUGGACGUGGACGUGGACGUGGACGUGGACGUGGACGUGGACGUGGACGUGGACGUGGACGUGGACGUGGACGUGGACGUGGACGUGGACGUGGACGUGGACGUGGACGUGGACGUGGACGUGGACGUGGACGUGGACGUGGACGUGGACGUGGACGUGGACGUGGACGUGGACGUGGACGUGGACGUGGACGUGGACGUGGACGUGGACGUGGACGUGGACGUGGACGUGGACGUGGACGUGGACGUGGACGUGGACGUGGACGUGGACGUGGACGUGGACGUGGACGUGGACGUGGACGUGGACGUGGACGUGGACGUGGACGUGGACGUGGACGUGGACGUGGACGUGGACGUGGACGUGGACGUGGACGUGGACGUGGACGUGGACGUGGACGUGGACGUGGACGUGGACGUGGACGUGGACGUGGACGUGGACGUGGACGUGGACGUGGACGUGGACGUGGACGUGGACGUGGACGUGGACAUGGACGUGGACGUGGACGUGGACGUGGACGUGGACGUGGACGUGGACGUGGACGUGGACGUGGACGUGGACGUGGACGUGGACGUGGACGUGGACGUGGACGUGGACGUGGACGUGGACGUGGACGUGGACGUGGACGUGGACGUGGACGUGGACGUGGACGUGGACGUGGACGUGGACGUGGACGUGGACGUGGACGUGGACGUGGACGUGGACGUGGACGUGGACGUGGACGUGGACGUGGACGUGGACGUGGACGUGGACGUGGACGUGGACGUGGACGUGGACGUGGACGUGGACGUGGACGUGGACGUGGACGUGGACGUGGACGUGGACGUGGACGUGGACGUGGACGUGGACGUGGACGUGGACGUGGACGUGGACGUGGACGUGGACGUGGACGUGGACGUGGACGUGGACGUGGACGUGGACGUGGACGUGGACGUGGACGUGGACGUGGACGUGGACGUGGACGUGGACGUGGACGUGGACGUGGACGUGGACGUGGACGUGGACGUGGACGUGGACGUGGACGUGGACGUGGACGUGGACGUGGACGUGGACGUGGACGUGGACGUGGACGUGGACGUGGACGUGGACGUGGACGUGGACGUGGACGUGGACGUGGACGUGGACGUGGACGUGGACGUGGACGUGGACGUGGACGUGGACGUGGACGUGGACGUGGACGUGGACGUGGACGUGGACGUGGACGUGGACGUGGACGUGGACGUGGACGUGGACGUGGACGUGGACGUGGACGUGGACGUGGACGUGGACGUGGACGUGGACGUGGACGUGGACGUGGACGUGGACGUGGACGUGGACGUGGACGUGGACGUGGACGUGGACGUGA